CCCCUCUUCCCUGACUUCAAGUGUUAAAGCAAUUGACCAAUCAGUGCUAAGAUGAUGGGAGGUAAUUGGGUAAUUGUAUUUUACUGAUCACAAGCAGGGAAAGGGAAAGGAAAAGGGGAAGGAAAGAGGGACAGAGAAGGGAAGGCGACUGCAGUCCGAAAGGAGCUUUUGAAAGCUAGGACCCCAAGCGUCCGGACGUGGCACUGGCCGAGAGAGAGCCUAGGCUGGCGAGAGCUGCCGCCGGCGCUGGGAGAACAUUUAUUUGGGAGAAAAAGAGGGAAGAGAGCAGAGGGAGGGGGGGAAGAGAGUUCAAAGCGAAGUGGAUGGAAGGGGACUGGGGUUUCUGCCGCGCGGGGAGCCGUGAGCCGGGGCGAUGGCGCUAAGGACGGCGCGGAGCAGCUGCGCUCCCGAGCACGCGUCUCCUCGCAGAAGACUAGCAGGCGUCGGGAAGGUCUGCGCCACCGGGAACCAACUUGUGGCUCCAGCACGUACCCAACGCAGCUGGAAAUGAGAUCAAAGCUGCAGUUGCAUUUCAGAAGGAUGAGAAGAGCCAGCGAUUAGGGUUUUUUUUUUUUUUUUUUCUCCCCAUUUUGUUCCUUUUUCUUUUUUUUUCUUUUUUUAAAUUUUUAGUGUGUGUGUGUGUGUGUGUGUGUGUGUGUGUGUUUUAAUUUGCCUACCCCCCUGUCAGUCCCCUCACUUCGCCCUCCCCAUUUGAAAUAAAAGCCCCAGUCUCAACUUGAGCGCCGCGGUGCCCCGGAGCCACGGCCGGCUGAUGGAGGAGAAGGGGGCCCGGGGGCUGGCUGGGGCCACCCGCGAGGGACCGCAUCCCGCGUCUCCCCCCUGAUCCCGGCCCCGACCGCGGAGUUCUGCAACACCUGGAGGAUCUGGACCGGGUGCCGGGGGUGGGGGCGGCGACAGAGGAAGGAAAGGCACCCCAGCCUUAAAAAGAUUUUUUUUUAAAAGUAGCCGGGGGGAGGAAUGGGUUUCUUCUUGACAGCUGACGGAGCCUUGAAAUUUUCCUCCACUACCUCCGCCCCCGCCCCCGCCCCCGCCCCCCGCACUCCAUUUAACGUGAGAUUAUGAAAUUGCAGAGGCGGUGGAGGGAAGGAGACAGGAUAUAACCGGAGUUUGGAGGGGAGAGGAGAAGGUGGCUGGCCGGGUGGCUGAAAUCAAAAAUUCAAUUGCGCACUGGGUUGUGAUGAGAAAUCUAAUCAGAUCUUUGGCGAAGGGGCCGGCUGGAAGGAUGGAGAGUUGGGGGGAAGUUGCUCCCCAAAUUCUUCGAAGGGGAGGCUGGGGAGAGGAAUUGACGAUGUAAAAGGAGACUUUUUUUUUUCUUUUCCUUUUUUUUUUUUUUUUUUUUUUUUUUUUUUUGGUGCUGGUGGUGGUGGUGGUGGCUGUUGGGUGCCUUGCAAAAAUGAAGGAUGCGGGACGCAGCUCUCUCCUGGAAUCGAACGCAGUGGAUAAACUGAUUGUGCAAGAGAGAAGGAGGAACGAAGCUUUUUCUUGUGAGCCCUGGAUCUUAACACAAAUGUGUAUAUGUGCACACAGGGAGCAUUCAAGAAUUAAAUAAACCAGGGUUAGACCCGUGGGGGUUGGUGUGUUCUGACAUAAAUAAAUAAUCUUAAAGCAGCUGUUCCCCUCCCCCCGCAAAAAAAAAAAAAAAAAAAAAAAAGGAUGAUUGGAAAUGGAGAACGGAGGAUUCACAAAGAAAAAAGUAUGUUCAUUUUUCUCUAUAAAGGAGAAAGUAAGCCAAGGAGAUAUUUUUGGAAUGAAAAGUUUGGGGCUUUUUUAGCAAAGUAAAGAACUGGCUCUGUGGUGUUUUCUUUUCUUUUGAAUUUCCCACAAGAAGAGAGGAAAUUAAUAAUACAUCUGCAAAGAAAUUUCAGAGAAGAAAAGUUGACCGCGGCAGAAUGAGGCAUUGAUUGGGGGAGAGAAACCAGCAGAGCACAGUUGGAUUUGUGCCUAUGUUGACUAAAAUUGACGGAUAAUUGCAGUUGGAUUUUUCUUCAUCAACCUCCUUUUUUUAAAAUUUUUAUUCUUUUUGGUAUCAAGAUCAUGCGUUUUCUCUUGUUCUUAACCACCUGGAUUUCCAUCUGGAUGUUGCUGUGAUCAGUCUGAAAUACAAUCAAGAAACUGUGUGAGAAAGAAGGGACUGGCCAAAGUUAAUCAGCUAGACAGUGUCAGACAACAGUGGAACUUGUGAUUGGCAAACACACUGCCUAUUUACAGCAUAGAGACCCCACUGGAGAGCUAGUUUAGAAACAGCCUCAUGUUCCCUGCUUGACUCCAGAGAUGACUUUCCUUGGGAUUCACUUAUCUUACUGUUUGAAUUCCAGAAGGACCAACACCAGAUAAAUUAUGAAUGUUGAACAAGAUGACCUUACAUCCACAGCAGAUAAUGAUAGGUCCUAGGUUUAACAGGGCCCUAUUUGACCCCCUGCUUGUGGCGCUGCUGGCUCUUCAACUUCUUGUGGUGGCUGGUCUGGUGCGGGCUCAGACCUGCCCUUCUGUGUGCUCCUGUAGCAACCAAUUCAGCAAGGUGAUCUGCGUUCGGAAAAACCUGCGUGAGGUUCCGGAUGGCAUCUCCACCAACACACGGCUGCUGAAUCUCCAUGAGAACCAAAUCCAGAUCAUCAAAGUGAACAGCUUCAAGCACUUGAGGCACUUGGAAAUCCUACAGUUGAGUAGGAACCAUAUCAGAACCAUUGAAAUUGGGGCUUUCAAUGGUCUGGCGAACCUCAAUACUCUGGAACUCUUUGACAAUCGUCUUACUACCAUCCCGAAUGGAGCUUUUGUAUACUUGUCUAAACUGAAGGAGCUCUGGUUGCGAAACAACCCAAUUGAAAGCAUCCCUUCUUAUGCUUUUAACAGAAUUCCUUCUUUGCGCCGACUAGACUUAGGGGAAUUGAAAAGACUUUCAUACAUCUCAGAAGGUGCCUUUGAAGGUCUGUCCAACUUGAGGUAUUUGAACCUUGCCAUGUGCAACCUUCGGGAAAUCCCUAACCUCACGCCGCUCAUAAAACUAGAUGAGCUGGAUCUUUCUGGGAAUCAUUUAUCUGCCAUCAGGCCUGGCUCUUUCCAGGGUUUGAUGCACCUUCAAAAACUGUGGAUGAUACAGUCCCAGAUUCAAGUGAUUGAACGGAAUGCCUUUGACAACCUUCAGUCACUAGUGGAGAUCAACCUGGCACACAAUAAUCUAACAUUACUGCCUCAUGACCUCUUCACUCCCUUGCAUCAUCUAGAGCGGAUACAUCUACAUCACAACCCUUGGAACUGUAACUGUGACAUACUGUGGCUCAGCUGGUGGAUAAAAGACAUGGCCCCCUCCAACACAGCUUGUUGUGCCCGGUGUAACACUCCUCCCAAUCUAAAGGGGAGGUACAUUGGAGAGCUUGACCAGAAUUAUUUCACAUGCUAUGCUCCAGUGAUUGUGGAGCCCCCUGCAGACCUCAAUGUCACUGAAGGCAUGGCAGCUGAGUUGAAAUGUCGGGCCUCCACCUCCCUGACAUCUGUAUCUUGGAUUACUCCAAAUGGAACAGUCAUGACACACGGGGCUUACAAAGUGAGGAUAGCUGUGCUCAGUGAUGGUACGUUAAAUUUCACAAAUGUAACUGUGCAAGAUACAGGCAUGUACACAUGUAUGGUGAGUAAUUCCGUUGGGAAUACUACCGCAUCAGCCACCCUGAAUGUUACUGCGGCAACCACUACUCCUUUCUCUUACUUUUCAACCGUCACAGUAGAGACUAUGGAACCGUCUCAGGAUGAGGCACGGACCACAGAUAACAAUGUGGGUCCCACUCCAGUGGUUGACUGGGAGACCACCAAUGUGACCACCUCUCUCACGCCACAGAGCACAAGGUCGACAGAGAAAACCUUCACCAUCCCAGUGACUGAUAUAAACAGUGGGAUCCCAGGAAUCGAUGAGGUCAUGAAGACUACCAAAAUCAUCAUUGGGUGUUUUGUGGCCAUCACGCUCAUGGCUGCAGUGAUGCUGGUCAUUUUCUACAAGAUGAGAAAGCAGCACCAUCGGCAAAACCAUCAUGCCCCAACAAGGACUGUUGAAAUCAUUAAUGUGGAUGAUGAGAUUACGGGAGACACACCCAUGGAAAGCCACCUGCCCAUGCCUGCUAUCGAGCAUGAGCACCUAAAUCACUAUAACUCAUACAAAUCUCCCUUCAACCACACAACAACAGUUAACACAAUAAAUUCAAUACACAGUUCAGUGCAUGAACCGUUAUUGAUCCGAAUGAACUCUAAAGACAAUGUACAAGAGACUCAAAUCUAAAACAUUUACAGAGUUACAUACAACAAUCAAAAAAAGACAGUUUAUUAAAAAUGACACAAAUGACUGGGCUAAAUCUACUGUUUCAAAAAAGUGUCUUUACAAAAAAACAAAAAAGAAAUUUAUUUAUUAAAAAUUCUAUUGUGAUCUAAAGCAGACAAAAUUAUGUGUAUUCCUCAGAACCUGUUUUUGCUGCACUUAUUCACUAUUUUCCCACAUCUCGUUCCUCCCUUCCCUGAUUGCCAUAUUUUUCAUAGGAGAUCUCAAUUCCUUAAAGAACUGGUCUAGGAAAUUUUGUAAGAAUUCUGUUACACUUUGAGAUUUUUAUGGUGAAUUCUAGUGGUGAGAUCCAGUCUAUUUUGUCUCUCUAUUUUUAAUUUUUUUUUCUUUUUCCCUCAUACCCAUAUGAAGUAAUCCAAUGGGGAAUGCAAUAUUAGAAAUAGAUUUUUAAGAGAGAACAAGGAAAAAAAUGCAAGAUCUUAUAUUUUUCAUGUAAUGACCUGUUCUGUAUUUAUGAGGAAGACAAUUCUAUGGAAAAGAAAAGAAAGUGAGCAAACAACAGAUUAAUUUACAUAUAAGCAUCUAUAAAACCCAUGACUUUUAAACAACUCUAGAACCAGAAUUUGUAGUUAAAAAGCUAAAAGUAAGAUUAUAAAUAAAAUAUUGUUGGUUUUUCUGUACCUGGACACAGCUCAUUUGUAGUAUGGCUCAAAUGUGAGAAACUUCAAGAUAAUUAGAUUUUUGCUUUCUAAGAAAGAAAAUACUACAGUAUUCUUUAGUCACAAAAUCAAUCUCUACAGGGUCCUGUCUGAAUAGUUGACUUGAGUUUUAGAUCUAUGUUUAAGUAUGCUGUGGUAUUUUUUCCUUCUCUUUAGGGUUAUUCUUUGUAGAAUGCUCAGGUUCAAAAAUAAUGAUUUUGUGAAGUAAAUUCAAUUCUACUUGAAGGAAAGUUUCAAUAUAAUUUAUUCACUGUCUCCUCAAUAAAAUUUCAUUGGCCAGAUGAACUAUAACAGCAAAACAGGAAAGUAUUCUAAGUCAUCUAGAGCUGAAAAAGAAUAUUUGGUGCUGAGUGUUAGCAAAUUUAGUUCAAUUCAAUGGUAAUUAUUAAAGUCCUACUGUGUGAAAAAUAUUGACUUUAGUACUGUGGGUGCACAAUUGAGAAGAUCUGGUUCCUGCUCUUGCAUCACUCCCAAUCUAUAUAAAAAUAAUUAAAGAAAUCAUCUAGUAUAUUACUGGUUGCCAGCUCUAAUUUUACUUCUAGGUGAAAGGCUGUGAAUCAGAACCUUAAAUUUUCAAAACAUUAGAUUACUGUUAUAGAAAGCUCUUGGAUUUAUGGUUUCUUCCAUCCUUCUGGAAGAAGUGACUUUUUCUAAAUGCAAAUUGCAGAGCUUUAAGGAAGUGUAGGUUUAGAUUUGUUCUGAAGGAUGAAUACAUACCAGGCAAUGCUAAUUCAGUAGUAAUUCAUUAAUGGUAUUUUUUAAGGAACUGGGGGCAUUUUGGCUAAGAGACCAUACGCUAGCUUCCAAACAAAAAAGGAACUUGCUGGUUGUUGCGCCUUGGCAUUCUUCUUAUAUUUUAAUAUAUUAUGUAUAUGACUUCCAUCUUUAUGUGGAACAAAUGAAUAUAUACAGACUGACCUUGAAACCUGCUACCUUGGUGGUCAAACAAGGACUGAUCAAGCUGAAGAAAACUUCAGCACCUAAUGGCUAAGAAGCUUGGAUACUCACACUAAACUCUGCAGGCAGAACCUUACUCCAUGGUUUUGUGGUCUCCAGGUGUGAAAAAUCAAUUAUUACUAGCAAAAUAGGUCAGAGAAAUGGGAAAAAAGGAUAGGAAAUGAAUGAAAGCAUGGACGAAUCUUGCUUCUGUUUUUUUGAUCACUACUUCUCUGGCUUUUUUCUUCCUUAUAUCUUACCUCCCUUUGUUAGGAACACAAUUCACACUUGCUUUCACUGGGGAGAAGACUCAAGAAAAGGGAAAACAUUUGGCUAUUGUUUGUCAAGUUAUUCAGUAUUGAAUAUACUUUUCAUAUUCCCAGCCUGCGAUCACAAAACAAAACAAGCAACAUAAAAAACACAAACAAAUAUGUAUAAUAACAAGCAAGUGCUAGUACAAAGAAAAGUGAUAUAAAUCGAAAGGGAAAAUGAUCCUCCUUUCUCUACUUGGCUUGCGUCCACCAAACUCUGUCUUUGCUGACUCUGAAGCUUCUUUCAUUUUAAGCUUUUAAUUCAUAUAGGUUUAGUCCAAGUAUGCAGUUACUCUUGGCUGUGAGAGGUGGCUGACAGUUAGACAAGCGCUACUAAAUAGGAUGAAAGGUGAACUUGCACUUAAAAAGUUAGGUUGGAAUCCAAAGCAUACAAUUCAGUCUCCUAGGAGAUCACAGUAUAGUACUAAUGAAUAUGUUUUGGGAAAAAAAUUGACACAAGGUUUAAAUAAACCAGACUUGAUUUCUACAAUAAAUUUAGAAACUCUUUUGACCAAAAGUCCUCAUUGCAGGUUUUGGGGAUAAAGGAUAGAGUGCCAUAAAUCUACUAUUUAAAGAAAACUCAAAUGUAUUCCAGAUAUUUCUGAUUAACAGCAAGCCUCUAUUUUCCCUGCAUAACAUAUUUGGUCCUUGGCCCAUCAGAACAGUAGCUGCACUGAUAUGUUAGAGACCAUUACACACAUGAAUUUACUUGGUUUGGCAGGAAGCCUACGUGACUGUUUAAAUGUUCGCUAUAUUGUUGUACCAAAAUACAAUUCUGUGUCUACUGCUCAUUUGAUUCUAUCCAAAGACAACUGGGUGGCAGUAUUCUGAAAUAUGUACACCAAAAAAUACACCAUUUACAAUUCACCAAGUUAAAGUAACCCAAUGAUUGAUAUUUCUCUCUCUCUGUGUGUGUGUGUGUGUGUGUGUGUGUGUGUGUGUGUGUGUGUUUGUGUUUGUAUCUCCUACUAAUAGUAUGCAGUUUGCUUCCCUAAACAUCAAAGAGGCUUUACGAAGAAGAUUCUCUAACAUCUGUAUCUAUUCAGGAAUUUUCUCUUCCACAUCUGUCCAUGACCUUAAUCUCGAACACUCUUUUGAAAAGUAUACAGAUGUAUUUGCAUUAGCAAAAUAAUAGAAGGAUUUGGUUUAGCUCACAUAGACCCAGAUAUAACUUUAAUAAUUUCCUCUCAAAUUUCAAAUAUUCUGAAAUAAUGUAUCGUCUUUUUCAAAGACUGAAACAAGUUAUUUGCACAUGGAAGAGUGAUAAAUAUUUACACAGUACAAAGAAAAAGAAGGCGGCAAGAAGGCACAUUAAGAAGAAGCCUUCACUGAAACAUGAAAACGUAUUAAGUAGAUGGCCCCAGAGUAUCCAACAUUUUUAAGGUAAAGAUUGAUCAAGG